AUAAUUCAAUUAUAAUAAAAAUUAAAAAAAUAAUAUACUAUCAGAUAAGUUGUCUUCAGAUAAAGCUGAGACAUUUAAAUAAGAUUCUAGUUUUAUAAUGAGUAAUAAAUAUUAAUUAAUAUUAAUAAACAUAACAAACUUUUUAUUAGAAUUCAAUGGGUUAAGUAAUUUUAGAGCCAAUAUUUGGCAUUAAUGGACUUUAUAUGUAUAUACGCGUAGCGGUAUGCAUGUUUAUUCCUUUGUUUACUGAUUUCCAACUCAUAAAUAUCUAAUUAUAUAUCGCAAAUUCCAAAUUUUGGGGAAAAAAAUAUUACACGAUAUAAAAUCAUCAUUUUUAAAAAAUAUCGAUAUAUUGAUAUUUGAUAUAUUAUCAACAACCCUAAUAAAUAAUAGUUUAUAAAGAAUAUGAUUAUUUAGUUUGAUAUCAACGUUACAGUAUUAAUCUCAAAAUGAAUUUCUCCCGUAAACUUAUUGCAAUAAUUAUGUGUCUGGUCCCACUAUUCGUGUUGUUAAUUUUGUUUAAUUAUUCAUUUUUGGGUUUGCCAGUACGUAAUUACCUUAUGUACAUGUAUAUGCAAUGUAAACAUUUAAAAUUUUUGUAUUAUAUACCUAUUCAGAAUCAAUCUACAAACCAAAGGGCCAAAACGUUUCCAGUUUUAAUUACGGUGUUUUACGAGGCUUUAUGUCCUGACUCAAAGUAUUUUCUUAGUAAGCAAAUGCUACCAGCAUUUAAGUUGGCCGCAUCCAUAAUGGAUGUAAAACUUGUUCCCUAUGGUAAGGCUACGACAAGCCUAUCCGAUGGUAAUUUAUCUUUUGAAUGUCAACAUGGUCCAACAGAAUGCCAAGCAAAUGUAUAUCAUGCAUGUGCAGUGGAUAUAAUUAAAGACCCUCUAGUUCGACUAGAAGUAAUUUCUUGUAUGAUUCGGGACAACCGUUUUCCCCAAACUGCAAUGCGAAAGGUUAGUUAUUGUACAAACAUACAUACAUAUGACGACAGUCUUAUACAAAAAUGUUUUGACAGCGGCCAUGGAUUGGAAUUGCUUAAACUGAAUGGAGAAUUGACACAUGCAUUAAGGCCAGCAAUAACAUUUAUUCCAACCGUGACGAUAGAUGGGUCCCAACGUCGCCAGGCCUCUAUUUUAAAGGAUGUACUUUCGGAAGUAUGCAAAGUCGUAGGUGAUACAAACAAAAUAUAG